GAUACAUCAGUACGCCUUUAAUCGCUGGAAAGAUGGUGAAAUCCGGCCGUAAGCGACUGAUGUUUACAAAUUUGUAAAUUCGAGGUCUACAUCGUCAUUGCCUACUUUAAUUUUACUUUCUACCAGUGAUCGCAUAUGAUCUAGUGUUCGAUAGAAAGUUAAGAAGACCUACUGAGGUUUAAAGACAAGCAAAGAUCUAAAUUUGGAUUCGGCGGACUCGUGCACGGCCAAAAACGUCGGGGCAUUUAAUAAGGAAAUUGAAACGAAUACAAAAUCUGACAUGGAUGCAAUGGGGGACAGUAUUAACAGACUAUUCACAUGUGAAUUUUGUCAUAAAUCAUUUAGACAUGAAAGUGACCUCAAGUGUCACAAGGACUCAUUCAUUCUUCAUCCACUACUUAUUCAUACUUCCGUUGAUUCUAAGAUUUUAGAUGAUGCAUUGGACCUGCAAAGUGACUUGGAACGUCGUAACGACACAGAACACAAUCAGAAACAAAAUUUUGAAUCGGAGAUUUGUCACAAAUUAUUAGGCCACAAAAAUCACCUCGAAAAACACAUAAAUUCAAUGCAUAAUCAGGAAGAAUCCUUUGAAUGUGAAACUUGUUAUAAAUCAUUUUCAAGCAAGGGUGAUCUCACAUUUCAUAAAAAUGCAGUACAUAAUUGUUGCAAACCGUUUGAAUGUUAUAUUUGCCAAAAAAGAUUUAAAACGAGGGACAAUCUCAUGAGUCACGUACAGUGUGUGCAUGAUCAAAGUAAACCCUUCAAAUGUGAGACUUGUCACGUAUCAUUUGGACAAGAGGAUCAACUCAAACAUCAUGUGAAUACAGUUCAUGAGCGAAGCAAACGCUUCGAAUGUGUCAUUUGUCAUCAUUUAUUUGGAGAAAAAGGUAAUCUCAACAAACACAUAAAUACAGUACAUCAUCGGAUCAAACCUCAUGAAUGUGGAAUUUGUCACAAAUCCUUUGGGCAAAAAGGUACCCUCACUCAUCACUUGAGUACAGUACAUAACGGGAGCAAACCUUAUGAAUGUGAAAUUUGUCAUAAUUCAUUUGGAAAAAACAGUCAUCUCACAAGUCACAUAGCGACUGUACAUGACAGGAGCAAACCUUAUGAAUGUGAAAUUUGUCAUAAAUCCUUUGGACACCAAAGUCACCUUAAAUCCCACAUAAGUUCAGAACAUCAACGUAUCAAACCCUUCGAAUGUAAAAUUUGUCUCAAAUCAUUCGGACGAAAUAGUGAUCUUAGAAGACACAUAAGGAAUGUACAUAAAAUUGAACCUUUUUAAAAUUUUGCCAACCUCAUCAAUGUACACAUUGUAACAAAUUAUUUGGAGAAAAAGGUAACCUCGAUAGACACCUAAAAGAGGUCCAUCUCGAGCCGAAUUCUAUACUUAUAGCAGAUACCAGAAUACACUUAAGAACUAAAUUUGACAGCCCCUAAUCUUAUCUACCCGAGACAAUUGCGAUAAAAGAAAAUAUAUCUACUCUUAUAUACAUAAGCUAUGUAAUUUUAAAGAAUCUUCCAAAUAAAUAUCUUUCAAU